GACAGAGGCACGUUCCCUCUAAUGUGCACAGAGAACUCUAAUUUGUGCUUUCAGUGUCCUUUAUGAAGUGCCCAGGAAGGGGAUGGGUCAUAAUCAAUAGAGCAACUCUUGUUUUCUGCAGCGUUUUCCCUCUGAGGGGCAAUUAAGCUGUCUUACUGCUCUUCUCCAGGGUUUCUCUCAGGCACUGGUAGAGUUAAUAGAAGUGGAGUCUUUCUGAUGCUGUGCUGCUCACUGCUGUGUGUGUGUCUUGGAAGAGCCAAACUCUCUGGCAGGCCUGCGUGCCGUGUCCUGGAAAGCAAGCUGGAGCCCUUGGGGUGCACUUGGUAAAGCUGCAUUGUGGGGUGGCUUUGCUGAAGAUCCCUCUUUCCAUUUGCCCCAGGAAUGUGAGUGCCACACACAGUGUCCAGUCUGCCCCUGUCGCUGCUGCCAGCAGGGGGAUGUGUCCAGCCUGGCUGGGACAGCUUUGCAGGAGUGCUGGGAGGCUGCAGUGCUGCCCAGGGCUGUGGGAGCUGCUGGCUGUGGGGACAGCAGGAAGGGAUGCUCCGUGCAGCUUUCCAGGCUUGCUGCAUUCCAGCCAGCCCAGAGGUCUCAAGCAGCGCUGGAGGCGCAGCGUGCUGGGGUUCUGUGCGCAGUGGGCACCCUAUUCAUCCAGAAUAGGAAGCAGUCCCUGCCCUGAGCAGCUAAAUGGGAUCAAAAGCAAGAACAGACUUGGGCAAAACUCAAACCCAGGAGUGUGCCAAGCAGGAGGCUUGGCAGUGUCCCUCCAUUAUCUUCUGCUGCUGGACUCAGAUGCUUGGUUUGAAGUGCUGACGCACAUAUGUAAUUUGCCCCUUCUUUAGCUCUCUGGGUGUUUCUUUUCAGAUCUGCUCCAUCCUCAAUCUUGACUAGCUAAACAAGGAGAAUUACUGCUGAGUAAUACCUGCUUCUUGCUCUGCAGAGUGUAAAACGUUAUGUCUGCAGUUCCUCCAGUUCCCCUUCGCAGGCAGAAUAAGAACCCGGCUUCAGGAGAGGGCAUUUUUUGGUGUUGCAGUGCAAAGCCUGUGUUAGGCUACAGCUCUGCUGAAUUUCUGUCUGUCCCUACUUCCAAAUUGUAAAUAAAUACACCAGGGUGGAGCAAUCCUGAGCCUUCAGAUAUGUUUUGUUUCUUGGGACAAGCUGACCUAAUACUUUGACAUGUAACAGUAUCUGGUAUUGUUCCUCUUUAUUACUAAAUUCUUGCCUAAUAUUUGAAACCUGGACUUGGAUUGUUAAAACCCAUCACCCCUGAGACACAAGCACAGCCAUGCAGGGGAGUUUUUACCAAGUCAUUUACUGCAAGGCUGCAGUGAACUUCAGAGGUACUGAGCACCUCUUCCCUGGGAAUGACAGAGCUCAGCACUUGUGCAUAUCUGGACUUGAGUUCUUCUGCAUCUGUGUGUAGGGUGGGGUUGAUGCUGUUUAAGGGUGGUGUGAAUUGGCUGGGGAGCAACAUCUGUGUUUUGGGAAGAAGAGACACCCAGCCUUCAUUUUAACAAAACUUUUCAGGGCAGCUUGCCCUGAAGUGGCUUUGUUUUCAAAGCUGGUGUUUGCAGGGUUUGUGCUGAAGUCAUUGGAAAGAUUUAGGAUGCCUGUGGAAAGGACAGCUCUUGUUUUUAUCUGUAGGUGCUGCUCUGUGUUUAUAAUCAGAGCCUGGACUGUGCUUGGAGGGGUGAAAAACAUUGCAAUAACUACUUGUAGCUGAUCACUUUGCUGUGUUGUUCUUCCCUGGCUGUAGGCACUGUCUCCUUGCUGGUGUGGGGAGAGCUCGAGGCUGGUCUGCACAGAAAACAUGCAGCAGGGUGGGGAGAUGGGUGUUCCCUGAGGAUCUUGUGGGAAGAAAGGGGCUGGGAGUCAUGGAAAGCAGACAGCAGUGAAAAGAUGGGGCUGGUUGAAGCAAAAAACUCAAACCUGCUACACCCCUCAGAACAGAUGAUCUGAGCUGUCUCUUUAGCAAUGAUUUCUCACCUGUCUUUGGUGAUCAAGAGGUGUUAGUGUUGAGUGUGAUAGAAACAUAAAUUACAUUAAAGCAGGAAAAGAAGUCCUGACUCAACAGUGUCUGGGCAUGAACACAGAUUUAUCAGAGCAUUCUUAAUCCCCAAAAUCAUUCAGUUAAAGGUAAUCUCUCCUUUAGAUUUUUGAUGCGUGGCUCUUAUCAGGACUGUAUCCCUUGGUGGGGGAUUGUAGGAGAACUGUUUGUGUAAUCUUUGUUCCUGGCAACAUGAAAUAGCUACCAAGAGAGGUCAUGGAGAUAACACCUACUGGGUGCCUUCACACAGAGUAGAUAAGAUGGUGUGUUCAGCACAGAGCACCUUCAUGCAGAGAUGAGACCACAGUGUGAUACCAAAAGCUGAAAUCAUGGAUUGAGACUUCUUUCUUCUUGUGUGUUAAAUAGUGUAAAAAUCAAGGAGGUCGGAAAGGCUCCUGCUCUGCAGCACCAUGCUGGAUCCCAAGCCUCACUCUGCAAGCCAGAGGUGAGUCCAGGUGAAAGCCACCUACCACAGUAGUGUCAGGAUGACCAAGGCGCGGCUCCUCCGUCUGUCUGUGGUGCUGGUCUCCAUCUUCAUGAUCCUCCUGAUUAUUGUCUACUGGGACAACGUGGGCACAGCUCACUUCUACCUGCACACAUCCUUCUCCAGACCCCGCUCCCCAGGAGCCAUCGCAGCAGGUGAGGACUGGGAAGCCUUGCCAGAUGUAGAUGAGUUUUUGGCAAAGCUGCUGAGCUCGAGCCUGAAACAGAACAGCUCUAUCCCCCGAAAGACAGAGCAGCUCCUCAUCCAGGGCUCCAACAAGCCUGUGGUGAGUAACUUGGAGGAGAACGUGCGGGGCUAUGACUGGUCUACACACAAGGACAGGAACAGCUUGGACCAAGAGAAGCUGCAGGUGGAGAGGCAGAGAACGUUGCGGGAGUUUUGUGCCAAUUCCAGCUUCACCUUCCCCACCAAGGAGCGCUCCUUCGAUGACAUUCCCAACUACGAGCUCAACCACCUGAUUGUGGAUGACCGCCACGGCGUCAUCUACUGCUACGUGCCCAAGGUGGCCUGCACCAACUGGAAACGUGUGAUGAUCGUUCUGAGCGAGAGCCUGCUGGACCAGGGGGUCCCCUACCGGAACCCUCUGGACAUCCCCCGGGAGCACGUCCACAACACCAGCACCCACCUGACCUUCAACAAAUUCUGGCGCCGCUACGGGAAGUUCUCCCGGCACCUGAUGAAGAUCAAGCUGAAGAAAUACACCAAGUUCCUCUUUGUACGAGACCCCUUUGUGCGCCUCAUCUCUGCUUUUCGCAGCAAAUUCGAGCUGGAGAACGAGGACUUCUACCGGCGUUUCGCCAUCCCCAUGCUAAAGCUCUACUCCAACCACACCAACCUUCCCACCUCCGUUAGCGAGGCCUUCGGGGCGGGCCUCAAAGUCUCCUUUUCUGACUUCAUCCAGUACUUACUGGAUCCCAGGACAGAGAAGAUGGCCCCUUUCAAUGAGCACUGGAGGCAGGUUUACCGUCUGUGCCACCCGUGCCAGAUAGACUAUGAUUUCAUCGGGAAGCUGGAGACGCUGGAUGAGGAUGCUGCUUAUUUAUUGCAGCUCCUCAAAGUGGACAGGCUGCUUCGCUUCCCACCCAGCUACCGGAACAGGACUGCCAGCAGCUGGGAAGAUAACUGGUUUGCCAAAAUCCCGCUGGCUUGGAGGCAGCAGCUCUACAAGCUUUAUGAAGCAGAUUUUGUACUCUUUGGCUACCCCAAGCCAGAAAACUUGCUUAAAGACUGAAACUGAUUGGGCAGUGGGUGUGGGAGGGAACAUCUGAAAUACCAAAAAUGUUUAAAUCCUCCUCAUUUUUGCUCUUAACUCCCUUCCCAAUGCAAGUUGGUACAAUGGAAUAUAUUUUUUCUACUGCUUCCCCUUCCAUUUUUACAAUAAUGCCAGAGUCCAGGGUAUUACAGCCAGCUGUGCAUAUGCAAAAAAAUGCCUUUUUUGGGUUAUAAUUUGUUUUCUGUUUUUUAAAACGUCCCCAUACUUUGCAAUGGGUUGCUGCCCUUGGUCACUCUGCCAAUCAUGUCCUUCAGUAGCUUUUUAUUAAUACUUUUUAAAAAUUAAUAUAUUUAAGAUAUUUAAAACAAAGCGUGUGUCAUGGCAAAUGAAGGGAAGGAAUAAAAAAAAAGUAAAAGAAAUCCCAAGAAAUUA